ACAUUCACUGGGACUCUCUCUCUCUCUCUCUCUCUCUCUCUCUCCCUCACUCACUCGCUCUCUCACUCGCUCUCUCUCUCUCUCUGGCUCUCUCCAUCACUUCUCAUUUCUUCUUGAAGUACCGCAGAGAGAGCGCGCCUCCGCCGCUGAUGCUGCAUUGAGGAGAACGUAAGAAAAGAAAGUCUGAAGAAAGAUCCGCGUUCCCGCGGUCCGGUCCGCUUGAGAUGGAAAAGAUGGCGUGAAAUCCGGUCGAGUGAAUGAAACUGCUGGUCUGACAUCAUCGCUCCUCCAUCAGAAGCGGCUGCGGGGAAGCGUCACAGAAUCUUUAUCUGGAUCUUCGGUUCCUCUCGAUCGACUCCAGCAGAAAUAUUCAGACGCAAACCUUUCUCAAGCAUCAUCAGCAUCAGCUGGAAAAGAUGGAGGACCCGUACAGAGACCGGACGUCUUUGGCCAAAGGUGCCCGUGACAUCGCCAAAGAGGCCAAGCGUCACGCUGUCAAAAAAGUUAACAAAGUGGCCGACCGCGCCUCAGACGAGUACGCGGGCCGCACCUACAGUCGCUUCGAAAACGACGAAGACGAGGGCGGAGAUGAAGAUUGUUAUAAUUACCAGGACGGUCAGGAGCGACGUGACGACGACGAGGGGUCCAGCGACGCCACCGAAGGCCAUGAAGAUGAGGAUGAAAUAUACGAGGGAGAAUAUCAGGGAGUGCCCGCAGGGGGCGGGGCUUCAGAUGGGCGUGUCCAGAUGGCGGUCGGCCAGCCGGUGGCGGAUGGCAUGAAGGACAGGAGAGAGCUGGAGAAAGAGCGAGAGGCAGACGAGGAAGAGCUGGCUCAGCAGUAUGAACUGAUCAUUCAGGAAUGUGGACACGGACGCUUUCAGUGGCAGCUCUUCUUCGUGCUGGGGUUGGCGCUCAUGUCUGAAGGUGUGGAAGUGUUCGUGGUGGGUUUCGUUCUGCCCAGCGCUGAGACGGACAUGUGUGUGCCCAACUCAAGAGCGGGAUGGCUGGGUAGUGUUGUGUAUUUAGGAAUGAUGGUGGGGGCGUUCUUCUGGGGCGGUCUGUCAGAUAAAGUGGGCCGGAGACAGUGUCUGCUGGUGUGUAUGUCAGUCAACGGUUUCUUCGCCUUCCUGUCGUCUUUCGUUCAGGGCUACAGCACUUUCCUCUUCUGUCGGAUGCUGUCGGGAUUUGGGAUCGGUGGGGCAGUUCCUAUCGUCUUCUCAUACUUCUCUGAGUUUCUGGCCCGUGAGAAGCGAGGAGAACAUCUCAGCUGGUUGUGUAUGUUCUGGAUGGUGGGCGGGAUCUACGCCUCUGCCAUGGCCUGGGCUAUUAUACCACACUAUGGAUGGAGCUUCAGUAUGGGUUCAGCGUAUCAGUUUCACAGUUGGAGAGUGUUUGUUGUCGUCUGCGCUCUUCCCUGCGUCUCUGCAGUCGUGGCUCUGACGUUUAUGCCAGAGAGUCCACGCUUCUACCUGGAGAUCGGGAAACACGACGAGGCCUGGAUGGUUCUUAAACAAAUUCAUGACACCAACAUGCGAGCUCGUGGAGAACCUGAGAAAGUGUUUACUGUGAAUCGUAUAAAAAUCCCCAAACAGCUGGAUGAGCUGGUGGAGAUGCAGUCGGAAUCCUCCAACCCAGCGCUCAAAGUUUUAUUCAGAAUCAAGAGUGAACUUUAUGGAAUCUGGCGGACGUUCCUGAAGUGUUGGGACUACCCUGUCAAGGACAACACUGUGAAGUUGGCCAUCGUCUGGUUCUCGCUGUCAUUUGGGUAUUAUGGUCUGUCUGUCUGGUUCCCUGAUGUCAUAAAGCACCUGCAGGCCGAUGACUACGCCUCUCGCGUGAAGAUCCACAGUAAUGAAAGAACCGAAGACUUCACCUUUAAUUUCACUCUGGAGAACCAGAUUCAUAAGAAUGGAGUUUUCAUCAAUGACAGGUUUAUUGGGAUGAAGUUUAAGGCGGUGACUUUCGUGGACUCCACGUUUCAGAGCUGUUACUUCGAGGAUGUGACCUCCAUCGGUUCAUACUUCAAAAACUGCACCAUCUUCGAAGCUUUCUUCUAUAACACAGAUAUUGAUGACUCGAAAUUCAUCGGCUCUUCUGUGAUCAACUCCACGUUCGCGCACAACAAGACGGGCUGUCAGAUGACGUUUGAUGACGACUACAGCGCAUACUGGGUCUACUUCAUCAACUUCCUUGGAACACUGGCUGUGUUGCCUGGCAACAUCGUCUCCGCCCUCCUGAUGGAUAAAGUGGGUCGACUGAGCAUGUUAGGCGGCUCUAUGGUGUUGUCGGGCAUCAGUUGUUUCUUUCUGUGGUUUGGCACGAGUGAGUCGAUGAUGAUAGCAAUGCUGUGCCUUUAUAAUGGACUCAGUAUAUCUGCCUGGAACUCACUGGAUGUGGUGACGGCUGAACUUUACCCCACCGACAGAAGGGGUACUGGGUUUGGUUUCUGUAACGCCAUGUGUAAGUUAGCAGCGGUCAUGGGGAAUCUCAUAUUUGGGUCUUUGGUUGGCAUCUCCAAAUCCAUACCGAUCCUGCUGGCAUCAUCUGUGCUGGUCUGUGGAGGUCUGGUGGGUCUGCGGCUGCCCGACACUCGCUCCAACGUCCUCAUGUGACCUCUGAACCCUGAGUCUCCACAGGAACACGUGAGACACGCUCGGGGUGAGAGAGGAGGUGACUGCAUCAUGUGACAUCGUGUGUGUUUGUUAAUAACCUUCAUCUAAACGGAUUCAUUCAUUAAUUGGUUGUUUUACUCUUUGGAAGCGUCCGUGGCCCAGGUUAGACCAAACAGGAUUUGUAUGCUUUAGUCUGUCUGUAAAUGAAAAUGAUUGUUGUUCGUACUUGAAAAUGUCAAAAGAAAACAUCAAGUUUCGGACUGUGACUGUUUGAUCUAAGCUGGGCGCCGGUGUUUUAAUGUCGUCGAGAAACCUUUGCCUUUAGGUUACAAAUGUAAAAUAUCAGGUAAUUUUAAUGCUUAUUAUGAGGAAUCAUUUUGGAAACACUUUUUGAUUAGUUUAAAAUGACACUUUACACUCAAAUGCGAGUACAGAAAGAGGUCAUUUUGAAACGUAGACUUUAGCGAUGAUGACACCUUUUAGUCUGUUCCAAGGUGACUUCCACCGAAACAUUUCUUAAAUAAUGAACGAGAACAAUGAUCCAGUUUACAUUUUCUGCUUUUUAUAAUGAUUUAGCAGAAGAACACGUCCGAACGCUCUCGCCAUGUUAUCAGUGUAGCUGAUGAUACAGACUUCAUUCGUCUCGUGUGUCUUUCUUCAGGGGUUAAAGGUUUCUAAACACGUCUUCACUUUAACCUCAGCUGCUACGCUUCUCUGCCACACCGCGCGUGUGUUUCCAUGUGCAAACUCUUCCUCUGAAUACUGAAUGGCCUUCGCUUUCCUAUCUGUGCCUCCUCUGUCAGCUUCUUGUAGGUUGUAGUGACGCAUCGUAGGGCAUAAUGUUGUGCGUGUCAAUUUGUUCCUGUUUUCCUAUUCUCAUCACCAAACGAAACGUCCUGAUGGUUCGUAAAUGCAGUAUGACAGAACAUACAGUAUAGGAUGGCCACAUCAUGAAUAAUAAAAGCCAUUGAGUCUGAUGUGAGAUGCACUGAAUACAUCACGUCCAGAAACAUACAGUACUCUAUGCAAGUAUGCAAACGCAGCCGUGAAUGCUUAGUCAACGCUUUACUUUCUUCUAACGGUGUUCACUGUUGAUAUCAGUGUGAUGCAGACAAACAGAAGGGGUGAGAAAAUGAGAUCUGAGCCGAUAAACCAGAUGUGUUAUUCAGGUAGAUAUAAAAAAAGGAGAAAACCGAAAACGGAUAUUUUUAACUCUUAAUGUCCCUUUCAAGUAUCUGUAUUCACAUACUUACAACUGUAUGUUUCAGGUCUAAUAAUCUUAAUAAUUUGAUGCUUUGUGUGUGUCAGAAAGUCAAGACUUUGAAAGGAAAGUCAAAUAUAAUGGGCAACUAAAUAAAUGUUGUAAAGCGUUGCCGGUCGGAUGAAAACAUUAAAUCAUUAUAUUUUUUAAUGUCAGAUGUGUAUGUCUCAAAGGUACUGUCUUGUGUGUGUAGAUAGAUCUUGUAAUUGCGAAAACGGAGUUGUUCCUUUAUGUCUAUAGAUGUUUAUUUUGGAGGCUUAUGUGGUUUCGGGGUGUUACGUAUUCUGUGUUUUUGAACAGAAUUGAGGAUAAUAUUACAUAGUUCUGUUCUGUGGUCGAAUGGAACUGAUUUUAAAGUUUAAUGGGAUAGUUGCACAAGAUGGCGCCGGUGAGCUGUUGCGACGCGGACUAAUUUCCGGUCGUAUAACACUGAGGCUGUGUCCGAAAUCGCCCACUAUACCCUCGUUCACUACCAUAAGUUCACUAAUAUAGUCCACUACCAUAAGUUCACUAAUAUAGUCCACUACCAUAAGUUCACUAAUAUAGUCCACUACCAUAAGUUCACUAAUAUAGUCCACUUUAGGGAGCGGGUGAAAAAGAGUGAGUAAAUUCGGACACUCGGUGCACUGGAAACGCUGCGGGCGCCAUCUUCGGCCGAAAAGCAGAAAUUCAUUCAGCGCGAGCAUCACGCGAUAGAUGGCUAUCAGCUAUCACUGUAAAACAAAUCUGUUAAUAAAACAGAAAUUUUCUGUAAACUGGAAAAACAGAAAUAUACCGUUUUUUCUGUAAAAUUAUAGGAUACAGAAAAUCUAUAAUAGAUAGAUUAAUAGAUCAAAAAAUCUAUAAAAAAACAGUAACAUUUAGGGGUUUUUUUACAUUUUCUGUGGAAAAUCUGUAAAAAAAAUAACAGAAAAACUUUUUACAGUGUAGCCGUGAGUGUGCAUCGGUUGUACACUCGUUAUCAUGAUGCAUCAUGGGAUUGAAGGAGUGCACUUAAUAAUGGACACCACUAAAAAUGGAUGUCCCCUCAAAUCGUGCACUAUAUUAGGGUAUAGGGGGCUAUUUCGGUCACACCCUGAGUUGUUUUGGCUAAAUGAAGUGUAAAGAGGAUCUGUCAUAUCGCUUCUAUGUUACUUUCUUCUUUUUUUAAUCUAAAAAACACUCAUAUUUGCUAACCGAAAAUCCUCCUUUUUCCAUACAGUGUUAUACGACCGGAAUGACUCGCCGACUCUGGCAUCCCAAAUGCUCACCGGCGCCGUCUUGUGCAACUAGCGAAUUGAAUUUUGUGGCAGUUCUUUUUUUUUGCUUUAUGUAUUGUAUUUAAUUUCUGAGAUGAACAAGCUACAUACGCGGCCUAUCUGAAACUGAAACAUGAAGAGUAUACCGCGUUAAAAAAAACACCCCCUGCAUGUGCAUAUUGAAUCGUUGUGCUUUCUUGACAAUUUCAUUUUCUCGUAUGUUUCUUUUUAUUGUUUGAAAGAUGAAUGUAUUGUUAUCGUGAGCGUGUGAUGUCGUACUGAAAAAACUGGAUUGGUUGUGUUUGAUCUGGCAUGCCAAAACGCGGAGUCGCACAUCUGCCCUGUCAAAUUCAUUCUGUCAAAGUGUCUGUGACGUCACCAGCCAAAUGUCUCUGAUAUAUUUGACUUUAUUUUGAAAAGAGAGAAAAAGUGCCAUGUAUAAUGUAAAAGAGAAGUGAAGUGGAUUCGCUUUGGAUUCACAUGUACUGCUAUUAAAGAGUUUCAUUGUAAGACUCUAAAAAC